UGUUUGAACAGUGUUGAGAAGUCAGGCAAGCUGACUAAGAGAGACACCAGUCAGUCCCAGCUUGACAAGAUUAAUUGAGUCCGAUAAUGUUGUUCCACUGCUUUGCUGUCUUGUGGGAGUCUUUAUCCCUGAAGAUUGCUCUUGUGUUCUUUGCUACAUUUUUUAUGGUUGCUGACUAUGUAAGACGGAGACGUUCCAGGGGCUUCCCUCCAGGGCCCAUGCCUCUUCCUUUUCUGGGUAAUCUGCUUCAUCUUGAUGCCACUAAGCCUCAUUUCUCUACACAAAAGCUUACAGACAUAUAUGGCAAUGUCUUCAGCUUGCAGUUAGGAAACCUUCAGUUUGUAAUUGUAAGUGGACUAGAACUGGUGAAGGAAGCUCUUAUCCAUCAAGGUGAAAACUUUCUAGAUCGACCAAAAUUCCCUAUUAUAUAUGACUUUUCUAAGGCAUUUGGGUUGGUCAUGUCUAAUGGACUUCCCUGGAAACAACAAAGACGAUUUGCCUUGUCAACACUAAGAAACUUUGGUUUGGGCAAAAGAAGCUUAGAAGAACGAAUACAGGAAGAGGGCAGGUUCCUUACAGGUGCUAUUGAAAAUGAGAAAGGGCAGCCAUUUGACCCCCACUAUCAAAUUAACAAUGCUGUUUCAAAUGUCAUUUGUUCUGUCACUUUUGGGAACCGCUUUGAUUACCAUGACAGUCAGUUCCAGAAGUUGUUGCAUUUGAUUAAUGAAACAGGAGUCCUCCAGCGAAGUAUUUGGGUCCAGCUGUACAAUAUUUUUCCAGCUCUCAUGAAGCAAUUGCCCGGACCCCAUCAAACUAUUUUCAGAAACCAGGAACAAUUUAAAAACUUUGUGAGAAAAAUAAUAAAAAAGCACCAAGAAAACUGGAAUCCACUUGAAACAAGAGAUUUCAUUGAUGCUUACUUAAAUGAAAUGGCCAAGGAAGAUGUUUCUUCCAGUUUCCAUGAGGAAAAUCUUCUACAGUCAGCAAUAGAUUUGUUUAUUGCUGGAACAGAAACAACAUCUACAACCUUGCGCUGGGCUUUGCUGUACAUGGCUAUUUAUCCAGAAAUUCAGGGAAGAGUUCAGUCAGAAAUAGACUCUGUGAUUGGCCAGUCUCGCCCCCCAGCUAUGGCUGACAAGGACAACCUGCCUUACACAAAUGCAGUUAUUCAUGAAAUUCAAAGAAUAAGUAACAUCCUGCCUUUAAAUGUUCCUCGACUGGCAACUAAUAAUACAGAGAUAGCUGGAUUUCAUGUGCCCAAGGGAACUAUUUUAAUCUGCGACAUGACAUCAGUGCUGUUUGACAAAGAUGAAUGGGACACCCCCAAAAAGUUUAAUCCCAAUCAUUUCUUGAGUAAUGGCCAAUUCAGGCUUAAGGAAGCCUUCAUACCAUUCUCUGCAGGAAAGAGAGCCUGCCUUGGAGAACGGUUGGCUCGGAUGGAACUUUUCCUUUUCUUCACUGCCUUGGUUCAGAAGUUCUCUUUCCAGGCUCCAAAAGGCGUGAAGCUAAGUCUUGACUUCAAGAUGAACAUUACACUGAGCCCAAACGAAUACCAUAUAUGUGCCAUCUCGCGUUAAAAGUAUUCCAUAUUGCUGUCAAAAUAUGUAGGGUUAGGCUAUAAUAACAGGGCUAUUAGACCCUGUAGAAUUAACACAAAUUAACUUUCUUUAGAAUGCAAAUAUUUUAUUAAACUUACCAACAAUUUUAA